AUAACCGUUAGAGAAGUUAGAACAAACCGAAAAACGGAAGCGAUGGAAGAAUUCUUCCAACUAUGCCCCUCUCGUACGAGCAUUUCAUGGUUCGGAGAUGCUCCAAUGGUGGAUAUUCAAAGUGCUUUUCAUGCAUACACAGAAAAACCCUUUAGAGGGCUUUCGCAUAAUCAUCGGAAUAUAAACAAGAGAAUGAUGGAGUUCUUGAAAAAGACGUAUUUGCCCCCGGCCGGAGAAAUCGAACGUUAUCGUGUGAAAGAUAGAAGCCACAAGCACAAGAUUAGUGAGAGGAUGCGAAGGGAGAAGCUCAACCAAAAUUAUCUUGCCAUUCACAAGUUUUUGCCACUUGCAACCAAGAGCGAUAAGAAGUCGAUACUGGAAAUGGCGGUGAAGGAGAUCGAAGAGAUGAAGAGGUGUAAGGAAGUUUUGGAGGGGCAAAAUAGGGAUGAGAUGGGGAAGAUUUUGAGGGCGACGGAGAAAUUUCGAGAAGAAGUCGAAAAAGCUGAGAUUAAGUUGAGAGUAGCUUAUCCAGCUUCUGGUGUGGACUCCAUGUUGGAGGUUCUUAAAUGUCUGAAAGAAACCGGUUCUAACGCAACCUCAAUUGUAUCGAAUUUUUCGGACCAUGAAUUUUCCGCUGCACUAGUGGUUGAAACCAAGAUAAGAGCAGCAGAUGUUGAGAAGGCUGUGCAGAGAACUUUGUUUGAAGCUGAGAUGAAAUUUAGACAACAAGUAAAGGACAAUAGUGGAAAUUGCUUGACAAUAUUUGAAAGUGGACCAUUGUAACUUUUAUGCUUAAAGUCAAGCUUUGACCACUAUAAGCCAUAAUUACUUUUAUUGAAAAUAAAUUGUACUCAAAAAGCUAAUUAGAACAUUGUAAACUAAUAAUAAAGCCAUUUGAGCACUUGUU